AAAAGGCAAAAGAAAAAGCACCAGGAUUGCAGAGGAAAGCUUUCCCUCCCGCACAGCGAGGCACCCAAACGACAUACGGUUUUUCUUGGGAUAUGGGUCACUUCUUAUAAAGGGUUUCUUCGUGUAAACGAAAACAAAGGGAAUUUGCUCUGAAGCCUGUGGACCUAAGCAGGCCUGAGGGCUCUGACAUACACCCAAUCCCUGCCCACGGGAGCAGGGGAGAUUAAAAACUUCUGAUCGAGGUGGAGAGGGAAGAGACAUAGUGAGAGAGUGAGAGGGGAACAAAGAGGAAAAGCUUAUUGCUCACCUUUGUUCUUCCUAAUGCCCCAAAUGAAGGAUCUCCAAUGGAGAGUCUGAGAAUAACAGCAGACACAAGAGCAGCUACCCACCGCUGUGGUGAGAUGAUGGAUUGAGGGAAUGUAAGAAGAGAAGAGUACAGGAUUACAUCCAGUGAAGAGCCAGGAUCAUAUUUUAUAUUAAUUGAAUGCUGGGGAGAGAGGAGAGACAUGAGAGGAAGCAUUUCCUGUGCCAACUCCUUCUAGAGGUAUUGGAAUUAACCCUCACGCUGUUAGAAAGUAACACCUGACUCCUUUUGUUUGCUGAUGACUGGAUUUGGUCGUACGAGGUGGACGCGUGCUCAUUCCGUGGUCAUGUUUCAAUCUUCGGCAUGCAGACUGGAUCGUACCGGGUGUCAACAGAAUGGCCUGUGUCUGCCACUGCUGCUGCUGCUGCUGUUUGUAGACAGCUCACUCAACACUGCUCAGGCUGCCAAACCCAAAGGACCAGGACACACACAUUUGAACUCCAUCCGCAUAGACGGGGAUAUCUCCUUGGGUGGACUGUUCCCAGUACACGCCCGAGGCCAUGAUGGAAAGCCAUGUGGGGAGCUGAAGAAGGAGAAGGGCAUUCACAGACUGGAGGCUAUGCUCUUUGCCCUUGACCGCAUCAAUAAUGACAAUAAUCUGCUGCCCAACAUCACACUCGGAGCCCGUAUCCUGGACACCUGUUCCAGGGACACUCACGCCUUGGAGCAGUCUCUCACCUUCGUGCAGGCUCUGAUCGAGAAGGACGGGACCGACGUCAAGUGUCUGGGUGGGGGCGCGCCCAUCAUCACCAAACCCGAGCGGGUGGUUGGUGUCAUCGGAGCUUCGUCCAGCUCCGUCUCCAUCAUGGUGGCCAACAUACUCCGCCUGUUUAAGAUACCCCAGGUGAGCUACGCCUCCACAGCUCCAGAGCUCAGUGACAACACCCGCUACGACUUCUUCUCCCGGGUGGUUCCUCCAGACACCUACCAGGCCCAGGCCAUGGUGGACAUUGUCAAGGCCAUGCGCUGGAACUAUGUCUCCACAGUGGCCUCUGAGGGAAACUACGGAGAGAGUGGCGUCGAUGCCUUCAUUCAGAAGUCUCGGGAGGAUGGAGGAGUGUGCAUCUCACAGUCAGUCAAGAUUCCCCGGGAGCCCAAGCAGGGAGAGUUUGACAAGGUCAUCCGACGACUCAGAGAAAAUCCAAACGCAAGAGUCGUCAUCAUUUUCGCCAAUGAGGAUGAUAUCAAGCGGCUACUCAACGCAGCUAAAAAGGCAAACCAGACAGGUCAUUUCAUCUGGGUGGGUUCAGACAGCUGGGGAUCAAAGAUCUCUCCGGUUUUGCACCAAGAGGAGAUGGCAGAGGGAGCAGUCACCAUCCUGCCCAAGCGCCAGUCCAUCAAAGGGUUUGAUCGUUACUUCAUCAGCCGAACGCUGGAGAACAACAGGAGGAAUAUCUGGUUUGCUGAGUUCUGGGAAAAUAACUUCAACUGCAAACUCAGCCGCCAUGCUGUGAAGAAAGGCUCCGGCCUCAAGAAGUGCACAAAUCAGGAGCGGAUAGGAAAGGAUUCAAAUUAUGAGCAGGAAGGAAAAGUGCAGUUCGUAAUUGAUGCUGUUUAUGCAAUGGCACAUGCUCUACACAACAUGCACCAGGAGCUCUGCCCAGGAAAAGUGGGCCUCUGCAGUAAAAUGGAUCCCAUCAACGGCACUCAUCUGCUGAAGCACAUCCGCCGUCUAAACUUUGCAGGCAUAGCUGGCAACCCUGUGCUCUUCAACGAGAACGGCGAUGCCCCCGGACGCUACGAGAUCUACCAAUACCAGAUCCAAAACCUAACGGCUGAAUAUAAAAUCAUUGGCCACUGGACAAAUCAGCUCCACAUUAACGUUCGUUCAAUGCAGUGGCCCCGUGGUGUCCGUCAGAUCCCUUCCUCCAUCUGCAGCCAGGCCUGUCAGGCCGGCGAGCGCAAGAAAAUUGUGAAGGGCAUCCCGUGCUGCUGGCACUGCGAGCGGUGUGAUGGCUAUCAGUAUCAAGCGGACACCUACACAUGUAAGAUGUGUCGCUUCGACUUGCGGCCCAAUGAAAAUCACACAGGAUGCGUUCAGAUCCCCAUUGUUAAGCUGGAGUGGAGCUCUCCGUGGGCAGUCAUCCCUGUGCUUAUUGCUGUAGUCGGUAUCAUGGCCACGUUGUUUGUGGUGGUUACAUUCAUCCGCCACAAUGACACUCCUAUUGUGAAAGCGUCAGGUCGAGAGCUGAGCUACGUGCUGCUGACUGGCAUCUUCCUCUGUUACGCCACGACGUUCCUGAUGAUUUCGACCCCAGACGUGGGAAUCUGCUCCCUGCGGAGGAUCUUCUUGGGUCUUGGGAUGAGCAUCAGUUAUGCUGCCCUGCUGACCAAAACCAACCGCAUUUACCGCAUCUUUGAGCAAGGCUCCAUGUCUGUGAGCGCACCCAGGUUCAUUUCUCCGGCCUCCCAGCUAGCGAUCACAUUCACCCUGGCUUCAGUGCAGCUGCUCGGCGUGUGCAUCUGGUUUGGUGUAGACCCCUCCAAGGCCAUCAUUGACUAUGAGGACCAGAGGACAUCUAACCCAGUACUGGCUCGUGGUGUGCUCAAGUGUGACAUCUCUGACCUGUCUCUCAUCUGCCUGCUGGGCUACAGCAUGCUGCUCAUGGUCACCUGUACAGUCUAUGCCAUUAAAACCCGAGGGGUGCCGGAGACCUUCAACGAGGCAAAACCCAUCGGUUUUACGAUGUACACCACCUGCAUUAUUUGGCUCGCAUUCAUUCCAAUCUUCUUCGGCACCUCGCAAUCCACAGAAAAGAUGUACAUCCAAACAACCACGCUGACCAUCUCGGUAAGCCUGAGCGCUUCAGUGUCCCUCGGGUUGCUUUACAUGCCAAAGGUCUACGUGGUUCUCUUCCACCCGGAGCAGAAUGUGCCCAAGCGCACACGCAGCCUCAAGGCUGUGGUUACUGCUGCAACCAUGUCCAACAAAUUUAACCCCAAGGCUGGACUGAGACCCAACGGGGAAGCCAAGACUGAGCUGUGUGAAAGCCUUGAAACGCAAACAUUCCCAACAAAGCAAACCUACAUCAGCUACAGCAACCAUGGAAUCUAAUCUGAGAGACAGAGGCUCUUAUCAUAAUUCAGGAUUUCCACCCUGACAGAUGGAGAGAGGGAAAAAAAAAACAUGCAGUGGAACUUCACACGGCUGAGAAAGGGAAAAAAAAGAAAAAAAAAGAUGAAUGGAUGUGUCAUUGUAUGGGUGGAGAUGUUGCCCGAAGACAUGACAAGCUGAGGAGAAACCACAAAGAGGUGCACGGAUGGACAAAAAACCCAAGACCAGAACAGAUAAACAGUACAUUAAUAAAGGUUCCAUCUUCUGUCUGCCUCACUAGAAUAUACACUCUCACACACACACACACACACACACAAAAGAAAAAUACUUGCAUGGCAGAGACCUGGAGACGAACGGAUGGAGAUUUCCUUUUGAGUGUUUACAUUUGAGCUAUGCCCACUUUCAAAGACGUCUCUGUUUCCCUGAGCAGCACUGACUUCAACUCAACUGUAAUCAAUGAUAUGUUCAGGUGCUCUCAAUGUUGUCUAUUAAUCUUAAAAUCCACAAGGCAUCACAAGGGGAGUGAUCAUCACCAAAAAGGCACGAAGAGGUGCUCCAUGGAUUUCCAAGAAGGAUUUUAUUAAUUUCCUUUUUUCUUUUCUUUUUUUUUUUGUCUCUGAAAAUCAACAACUCUGUACCCGACCGUGGAUUUUUAUUCCUUGUUUUCCGAGUUUCCGUUCAAUCAACAAGAAUGACGACGCGCGUGAGACAAUUUCCGCUGAUUUCGAGCAUGCCAGUUUCAACAUCCUGUGUUGUGUUGUUAAAAAAUAAAUACAACAAAAUAAUAAAAAAGUGAAAAUGAAGAGCAACAAAAAAAAAAUAAAAAAAUCUUUGGAAUGCGUUAAAACUCAGUUGCAGCGUUGUUAGCAAUUGUUUGGGCUUGAGCCUAUUCUGUGCGUUAAAAAAAAACAAAAAAAAAAACUGUUCUCCAAUGGUGAAGGUCUAGUGAGUGAUUGUUUAUCUGUGCUUAAGUGAGGCCAUGAUCUGUAUUACCAGCUAACCCAAGACUGCCACUGCCCUCAACAUACCUGUGUGUGUAUUAAAGCAGAAGCUCCUGGCUAAAACAAACAGCAUUUAAAGCCAGGAGAGCUUCCUCCGAGCAGUCAUUCAGGAUGACCCUCCCAUCACUGCCACCAGCUCCUCUCUCGGUCACAUGUAGCGUAAGGAUAUUAGGAAAGGAAUUAAGAUGAAGCAUGCCCUUGAGAGGAUCUUGCAAUAUGCCCCUGGAGGUGAUAUCCAUAAUGGACCAGCCACUGAGAAAAUUCAUUAUGGUACAUGUCCUCCUCAGGCACUUUCAGAUAUGAGGAAGGUGUCAGGAAGUUGUAAGGUUUUUCCAACAAAUGAAAAUCUAAUUUGCAAAAGUAUACAGUAUCCCAAUCCAUCAGCCCCCCGCUCACUGAACAGAUUAAUAGCCGGCUUUGUGCAGUAUAAAAGCCUUCUAAUGUCUUGGGGAAAAUACUGUGGGGUCAUUUGUGUUGUGAAUUCAAUGCUGCUGCUCCUCAUGCCUCCCUCUGUAUUACUUUCAACACCAUUUGUGUUGCUGAAUAAAAUGUGAGUGCUGACCAAAUUAAAUGGCAAGUUAAUGUAUGUUAUUAAAUAGACUGAUGAUGUCUGCUUUAUGUCCUGACAUAUCCUAUGGGGAAAAUGUACAAAAAGAUACAGUGCCUGGCUAUCAACCUAUGUACUUGUAAAACGUCAUGAAAAGUGUCUGAAGCAUGUUUAUUUUACUUUCAUUUGUUUUUAUUUUAUA